AUGAGCAACAAAGAAGACCCGAGCAAGGGUUGUCCCGCAGCAGCUCCGAUCUCCAGCUUUACCAUCCAGUCCAUCUUAGGCAGCGGCACCACCACCUCGGAAGGAGGCAGGGAGGCCGGCGCCAAGCAGGCAGCCUCCGCCUGGCCGAGCAGGAAGAGGAGCCUGUCCGUAUCCUCCGAGGAAGAGGAACCGGAUGAGAGCUGGAAACAUCCCGCCUGCUACUGCCCCGACUCGCAUGGUCCUAAAGAAACGUGCCACAAACACCAGCCCAUCAGUUUCACGUGUCUCAGCAACCCGAAGGGGAGCAGCGCGGCGCUCAGUUCCGACCGGACGGCCCCUUUCCUCUCCCCGGCGCAACCGGACUUCAAGGAGGAGAAAGAGAAGCACUUCGCGCCCGCCUCGCCGGCCUCGGCGGACAGACAAAGGGACGGGGCGGACAGGCAGGCGAGCUCGGCCAAGAAGAAGACGCGCACCGUCUUCUCGCGCAGCCAGGUCUACCAGCUCGAGUCCACUUUCGACAUGAAGCGCUACCUGAGCAGCUCCGAGCGGGCCUGCCUGGCCUCCAGCCUGCAGCUGACAGAGACCCAGGUGAAGACCUGGUUUCAGAACCGCAGGAACAAAUGGAAGCGGCAGCUCUCGGCGGAGCUGGAGGCGGCCAACAUGGCCCACGCCUCGGCUCAGACUCUCGUCGGCAUGCCCCUGGUGUUCAGGGACAAUUCCCUCCUCCGAGUGCCCGUGCCCAGAUCCAUCGCCUUCCCGGCCCCCUUGUACUACCCGGGCAGCAAUUUGUCAGCCUUACCGCUUUAUAACCUCUACAACAAGAUCGACUACUGA